AUGGCUUGCUAUAAACCAGGUGCGGCCGCUGCUGCAGCCCUCAAGGCUGCAAACCAAGCCCGCGCUGAAGCUGAGAAGGCUGCAAAAGAAUCAGCCGCCGGCGCCAAAUCAUCCUCAUCAUUGCUACAUCCCCCUUCACCUUCUGGAAGCCGUACCCUCCGUCCGCGUAGCCCACAAGCAACUCAAACGGCCCCAGGCUUUGUUGCCCAGCCACGGGACUCGCGUCUGGCUGUACCUUCUCCUCUUCGCCAAAGUCCCAUCAAGAUACUUCAUGACGACCCUACAAGUGACAAAGCCGAGAUUUCAUCAGACAAAGAAUCUUCUUCGGCCGAGUCCACGGUAUCGCGAUCUGGGGGCAAGCAAAAAAAGAAGAAAGGCAAGGUUUCAAAAAACAAGAAGGGAAAGGCUCGGGCAAAAAGCCAAAAAAAGCGUUCAAAAGUCCCAAAGGCACUUGCUAAAAUGGUUGAUAAUGAUUCCGACAUUGAGAUGGUUCCCAACCCCAAAAAUAAUCAACCUGGAAAAGCUGAGCAAACUGAAGAGCCCGACAAGCUUUUUGAUUACUAUGAUGAUCCUAAAUUCGAUCCUGCACAUCCUCCGACAAUUGUCUUGAACAAUGGUGAUGAUGUAGUUGAAGAUGGCGAUGAAGACCUUGAAGAACCACCAUCCAAAGAUAACCCGGAUCCAUGUGUCGGAGAUAGUGAAUCCGAUGUCAACGACAAUGAUUUGGCUGACAAAAUUGAAGCCACCGAGAUUGUUUCAGCUCACAACUUUGUUUGA